GAGAGUGACAUCAUUUGUAACAACAAAAAAGCUCCUCUGGUGAAGAUGAUAUCUGCAAAAAACAUGGUUAAGAUAAUGAUUGUCAUGUUUGCAAUUUUUCUUCUUGCAAAAUCAGAUGGGAAGCCUGUUAGGAAGAGAUCUGUGAGUGAAAUACAGCUUAUGCAUAACCUGGGCAAACAUCUGAACUCAGUGGAAAGGGUGGAAUGGCUGCGGAAGAAGCUGCAGGAUGUGCACAAUUUUAUUGCCCUCGGAGCUCCUAUAUUUCACAGAGAUGGUGGUUCCCAGAGGCCUCGAAAAAAGGAAGACAAUGUGCUGAUUGAGAGCCAUCAAAAAAGUCUUGGAGAAGCAGACAAAGCUGAUGUGGAUGUGUUAAGUAAAACUAAAUCCCAGUGA